CGGAGUGGGUGUGUCCGGGGCGGGGGCCGCAGGUCCCAGAAGGUGGCGACUUUCCUGGGCCUGUGGCGCCUUGGCGCAGGUGAAGAGGUCAGGCUGGAGGGGGCUCCGGCCUCCGGCGUCGGGAAAUGGCGGCGGGGGUGAGAAUAGAAGACGGUUCCUUGGACAUUAUCCAGAGUAUUGAAGAGGACCCACUUCUGGAUGCCCAGCUUCUCCCACAUCACUCAUUACAAGCUCAUUUUAGACCCAGAUUCCACCCUCUUCCUACAGUCAUCAUAGCAAAUCUUCUUCUGUUUAUCCAUGUUGUGUUUGUUAUUUUAGCGUUCUUGACAGGUGUGCUUUGUUCUUACCCUGACCCAAACGAGGACAAGUGCCCUGGAAACUACACCAACCCACUGAAAGUCCAGACAGUCAUAAUCCUAGGAAAAGUCAUUUUGUGGAUUCUGCACUUACUUCUGGAACGCUACAUUCAGUAUCACCACAGCAAAGUGAGAAACCGCGGCUAUAACCAGAUCUACCGCGCCACAAGGCAUCUGAAGAGCCUGGCCCUGUUGACGCACUCCACCGGAAACAUGAUGCUCCUCCUCAUACUGUGCAUGCAGCAUUCUUUUCCUGAGCCCAGCAGGUUGUACCUUGACCUCAUUCUGGCCGUCCUGGCCCUGGAACUGCUCUGCUCCCUGACCUGUCUGCUCAUUUAUGCAGUGAAAAUUAGAAAAUUUAAUAGAGCCAAACCACAGCCUGAUGUACUUGAAGAAGAAAAAAUCUAUGCUUACCACAGCAAUAUUACCUCGGAAACCGGAUUAAGGACUAUUUCAAGCCUAGAAGAAAUUGUUGAAAAGCAAGGAGACAUAAUAGUGUACUUGAAGCGACACAAUGCCCUGUUGAGUAAACGGCUGUUGGCACUCACUUGCUCAGACCUAGCCUCUCAGCCAAGUCGGACUUGAGAGGCUCACAGGCAUGAUCAUGGCUGAAGAGUUCAGAGCAACCUCAGACUGAAGGACUAUCUGUCCUGCUGCCAUAGGGAACCACAGGCCUUGCUGAAAAACAUUGUGUAGCGUGUUGGAAACUUGAACUUGGUUCUCACCUGUGUGGCUGUUUAGUAGAUGGGGCUUAUGGAUCAUUUGAAAGGUACUUUGUAGAAGUACUUUGCUAACUUGAGAAGAAUGUCUGUUUUGUACAUUUUUAAAUAAUUGAACUUCUUGGUUUUUCCUAGGAUCGAAGGGUACAGUUCAAUUAUCCCAUGGCCAACAGUUUUUCUACGUGAUAUUAGAUCCCUCUAAUAGCUGGGGAUGUAGCUCAGUAGUAGGAUAUGUGUUUAGCAUGCACAAGCCCCUGGUUCAAUCCACAGCAACACCCUCACUGCUCCCCCCCCCAAAAAAGCCCUGUGAUAAUAUAGCUAUUUGUAAAGUAAAACUGACAUAAUUUAUUUUAAACAGGGAUUUUAAAUAAGUUCUUUCUUUUGUGGAGUGGGAAAGUACUGGGGAUUAAACUCGGGUACUUUACCAAUAGGCUAUGUCCCCAGUCUUAUUUUAUUUUAAAUUUUGAGACAGGGUAGUAUGAAGUUGCUGAGGCUGGCCUUGUAAUCCUCCUGCCUUAGCCUCCUAAGGCACUGGUAUUACAGGUGUGCACCACCACACCCCACAAGUUCUUCCAACUCUUAAGCUGAUGAAAGGAGUCAUUAUUUCUUAUGGUUAAUGUUUUUUCUCUGCAGACCCUUAUUGUGUAUUUUAUAUGUUCAUGUGAUAUUGAAUAACAACUGACGUCACAUCCUCUUUUUUCAUCCCCCCAGGCAAGCACUCUCCCACUGAGCUGCACCCCCAGCCCCCAGGCAGCUUUUGUAGAGAAUUUCUUCUCUGUAGGACCAAGGCCUCACUGGGUGAUCAACAAUACAAAUUCUACAUUGUUCUGUUCUUCUGAAACAAGAUAGGAAAAUUACCUGGACCAGUGUGAGCCCAACCAGCAAUACCUGUUACCUUGGUAGUACCUUCCAUUGGCAAAAGCUGAAAAAUUUAAAGGAUUUAUGUCUUUCACUUUAUUUUUGCUCUUCUUCAAGAAGCUGCCAUGUAUUUAUGUACUAAUUAUCCUUUCAUUGGGUCACUAAUUUCAGUAUAGAAAUGGAACCUUCUAUGAUUUUAAAUCUGUAUAAAUAGAAAAAAAGCACUUUAUUUAGACUUGGAUUAUAUGUAAAAAUUGUGAUGGGAAUAAAAUGUCAUAUCAGUUUCUAUACAGAUACUAAACAUACCUAGUUCUUGAUAUAAAAAGUA